AUGGACCCUCAAGGAAAGCAUCAUCGGAUCAAUGAGUGUGAGCUUGAUCACGAAUGCGAUCAGGAGAUUCAAGAGGUGAUUCAACAGGUCUUCCAGCGAGUGAUCCAUCCUGAGAGUAAUGGAUAUGAGUCCGAUCAUGAAUCCGGUCAGAAGGUGGUCCAACAGACAAAUCACGAGCAGGAUAAUAGGAGUAAGUUGGUUCAUGGACUCGAUAAAAUAGAGCCUCAGGAGAAUAGUGAGGACGAAGGCAGUCAUGGAUCAAUGGAGAUAAGUAUUCGGGAGACAAGCAUAGCUAGGCGCUAUCGCUGGUACAUUUUGCAUUUUAACCUUAAAGUGCUUGAUUGGAGAAUUCGAGAUCUAGAAUGGACACAGAGACUUCUUCACAGGCAUACCAUUACCGCCUCAGUCGCUGUCAUUGACGACGCCGCAGAUGUCGAUUUGCCCAUUGAGGAGCUUUCUCUUUCUCGCACAAGCACUCCCCUUCCCAAAAAUUCUGGCAUACCUGGUGCAUGGCCCAUGGUCACUCGAGAAAUAGCCGGUGAUCCUUGCUUCUUCAUUCUUUAUUAUUCACAGUCCAAAAAUGGCACAGCAGUGAUUGAGUGCAUCAGCCCAGAGUAUUAUGAACGUCUUGCUCGCUCGUCACAAUCCACAGAAUCUCUGCAAGGAGAAAGCUCUACGACACAAGCUCCCAUAAACUUCGAUAUUGAUAUCGUCAUUGUCCCCGAAGAAAUACUGGGGCGCCUAACACGGCUCAAACACUGGAACAAGAUACGAAAGCUCUGCGUGGUAUUACCCAAAAACAGCAGUAACCCCAAAGGCAACAGCAACCGUUUGUCGCCGUUGACUAUGCGACGCCUGAAUCGACUGUCAGCCCUAGAUAUUUUGACGAUCUUUGCGACGAAUUCCGGACAUGCUCAGCGUCACUUCCCUGAGGAAGACUUUGUACGCUACGCUCGAGGAAUUAAACAAUAUAUAGAAAGCCGAACAUCGCUUCAACGUAUCGACCCAAUUCAGGAGGGUUUUAGGCUAUCGAUCGAGUUGGUAUACGGGGUUAACCUCCCUCAUCGUGAUGGACAGCAUGGAAAGAAUUGA